CUCUCUUGCUGUCCAACUUUUCCCUUUUCCCUUUUUUGUCUCUCCCAUUUUUGCCCCCCUUGGGUCUAGUCCCCCUUGGCCCGGGGUUGCAUGUCUGGUCCGCACCAAGUCGGCUGUCGGAAAACACGGGAUAUGCCACUCCAUUGACAAAAAGGUGUGUCCUGUUUGUUGAAGAUCCCUGCAUGACAUUAAUGACGGGCUACUCUGAUUGAGCGAGUCGGAGAUAGCGGUAGAUGGUCGGUUAGGUAGGUAGUUAAGAGAUGACACCGGAGCUUUGUCGUUUUUCAUGGUUGAGAUUGAUUGGAUUGGAAUCGGACAGUCACAUCGGCAGUUCAUCUUCCUCCUCCUCUUCUGUAGGGUGUAUGUAUGUCUUCCGGCCUGUCCGUUCAGCCAAGCCAAGCCAAGCCAAGAUGAUGCUGACUGCAGAAGAUACCUUACCUAUCUUUGACGGGUUAAACCAUGGUAUGGUCGUUCAGAUUCGUUCAACCGUGAGUAACCGCGGUCUCAGUCGGCGACUCGGUGGUGAGGAUUGGCAAAAAGUGGAAGUGGAACAGUCAGCGCCGCCCGCCGUCACUUCAAGCCCGUAAUUCCGACCAGGA